GGCUGGGGAUUGCGGCGGCUGCGCAGAGGAGCAAGGUGCUUGCUAGGGCCUGGGCUGUGCGACGAAGCCAGAGGCUGGGGGGAGCGCCAAGCGAAUCAGUGCAGUUCCCAGCCGGGUGGCAUCUUCGCCCUUGGGGCUCGCUGGCUGGGCGCAUCCGGCUCGCCAGGCAGGGCCCCAAAGAUCUCCCGCAUCAUGGGCCAGUGUGGCAUUACCUCCUCCAAGACUGUGCUGGUGUUUCUUAACCUCAUCUUCUGGGGGGCAGCUGGCAUUUUAUGCUAUGUGGGAGCAUAUGUAUUCAUCACUUAUGAUGAUUAUGACCACUUCUUUGAAGACGUGUACACUCUCAUCCCUGCUGUAGUGAUCAUAGCUGUAGGAGCUUUGCUUUUCAUUAUUGGACUAAUUGGCUGCUGUGCCACAAUCCGUGAAAGCCACUGUGGACUGGCCACGUUUGUCAUCAUCCUACUCUUAGUUUUUGUCACAGAAGUGGUUGUAGUGGUUUUGGGAUACGUUUACAGAGCAAAGGUGGAAAAUGAGGUUGACCACAGCAUUCAGAAAGUAUACAAGACCUACAAUGGAACCAGCCCUGAUGCUGCUAGCCGGGCUAUUGAUUAUGUGCAGAGACAGCUGCACUGUUGUGGAAUUCACAAUUACUCAGACUGGGAAAAUACAGACUGGUUCAAAGAAACGAAAAAUCAGAGUGUCCCUCUAAGCUGCUGUAGAGAGACCGCCAGCAGCUGUAAUGGCAGUCUGGCCCACCCCGCCAACCUCUAUGCUGAGGGGUGUGAAGCUCUAGUUGUGAAGAAGCUACAAGAAAUCAUGAUGCAUGUUAUCUGGGCAGCACUGGCAUUUGCAGCUAUUCAGCUGCUGGGCAUGCUAUGUGCAUGCAUCGUAUUGUGCAGAAGGAGUAGAGAUCCUGCUUACGAGCUUCUCAUCACUGGUGGAACCUAUGCGUAGUACAAAACUCAAGCCUGAGCUGGUUAGUCUGAUUUGGAAGGAUAAUUGAACAGGCCUACUGCACUUGGCCUCCAGAGUUCAUUUAGUUAAAGCCCGUGUGUUGGACAGAGCAGCUUGGUUCUUUGUAUACCCUCUUACUUACCUACCAAUGACUUUCUUUUCCCCUCUUCUAGCUGAUUCUAUGUCUCUCAGUUUUUAAGCACUAAUUUCAGAGCCAUUUUCAGGUUAUGUAGUAUGGUGGAAUUAAAGAAGGAGUGGCUGCUUCUGUUACCUCCCAGCAGCAGUUGGCCUCCUACUGAAGUACCACUGGGUCCUGCUAGGCUUCACAAUGGACAAAUGUGGGUCAACGGGUUUUUGAGGAAGGGGACUUAACAGCAGUUGGUGCCCCUCCCGAGUGUCCUUUUAAAAAAAUAUAUACUAUAGUCCAAUAAAAUAGCAGCUGUACAAAAUGGCUAAAAUUGAUUUUAGAAUCAUACAGUGUUCAUACUUGGUUCAUCUUCAAACAGAGUCAUCUUUGAAACUAGAGGUUGUCAAUCAAAGCUGGCUUUAUAGGAGGAGUAUAAUGUAUGCACUACUGUUUUAAAACAAUUUGUGUGGGGGGGUGAUGAUUGAACCCAUUCAUUGUAAGUCUAAAUGUAUUAGAAAUAAUGUACCCAUGUAGACUAGCAAAAUAGUAUGUAGUUGUGAUCUCAGUUGUAAAUAGAAAACUCUUAAUUCAAUAAACUCCGUAUUACCCCUUAACAUGUAGUUUUUAAUUA